UACUGUUUUAAAAUACCAGUGUUGCCAAUAAAAUUCCCUAGUUUCGUAAACGUUUGAUUGUCGUUUGGUUCAAAUUGAAAACCUGCGAUGAAAGAAACUGACAAGAUUGAUUUUCUAAGGACGAAAGCAUUAUUAAAUAGUCCCAUUUUAUACACAAAAUACGUGCUGAAUAUUUUAGAAACAUAUUUUUGAGGAAAGUUUUGCUGAAAUGGCUGGUAUAUUUAACUUAUUUGGCGGAAUUUCGGAUCUUGAUAAAGGUCAGGUAACAAAGUCAUUAUCAAGAUCAAAAACUUCUCUUGGAGUAAGCGAAACUUCUGUAAAGAGUUUUAAUCAAUUAAAACCAAAAGGAUUAUCGAUUAGAUCUAGCUCGGAUAUAAAUGUGUCAGCUAGUCUGUGUUUGAACAAUUCGAAUCAAGAUGUAUCUAAUAAACAACAAGAUUGUUUAAAACUAAAACCAACACAGUCAAAUAAUGGUAGCUGUUCAUUGUCACCUCGAAAAGAAUUUCCAGCAAAGAAGCAAAAUGAUAAUCCUAUCGAAAUUAAAAGAAAUGUAAAACAUUUAACAUCACAGAAAACAUUUAACGAUCAUAUCUUCAAGAAACCAUUAACACCAAAAAAGUUAAUCACAAAGUCGUAUCCUGAACCAGAACGUCUGGCCCCGUAUUAUGAUGAACAGUCUGAAUUUGAUAAUGUCUACAGAAGAACCAUAGAGAAUGAUUUUAAGGAAUUAUUUUUGAAGAAGGAAAACGAGAUGUUAUUGCACGAAGAUGAAGGAUUUGAAUCAGAUCCGGAACCGCUUGAACUCGAAUUACCAAAAUUGCAUCUGUCGUCUGAAUCAAUUGAAGAAGAAUAUAAGAAAUGUUGGAUUCCUGAUUUACCAAAUAUAUCAGACGACAAUGACAUAUAAUACCAAUACUAUAAUGAUUUUUUAACCGACUUAAUACUACUUUAAAAUUUUUUGCA